AUGGAAUCAGGAAAACAGUCAGAAAAUAAGGAACAUAGUCCAAGGGAAAGACCGAGAAGGUUCUCUCUGAGUAAUUAUAACAAUUUUACAGUGCGCACAAUUUUGACUAUAUUCUUGAUAAUCGGGUUCCUAUUCAUAUUUAGUUGCGGCCACUUCUAUAUUGCAUCAGUGGUUGUUCUAGCAAUUAUUAAAAUGUAUUAUGAAAUAUUGGCCCUUCACGAUAAGGCACUUUCCUUUGCUGUGACGUCGGAUGAUGAAUUUGUUACUGGGACUCCCUCCACUGUAAAUAGAUUCUCAAGCUCUCACAGCUCCAUAUUUUCGAAAUCUCAUUCAGUAAGUCAACCGGGCAAACAUCGUUCUAGCCUUAAAUCUUUUAGAAGUAGAGAAAGGAAGACUGUAUAUUUCUUUUCAAAGGCACCUGAUCUCUUGAGCUGGAUAUCACUUGAAACUUACUUCCUUUGCAUUGCACUAGUACUUGUAAGUGUCCCUUGGUUAGUUCCCAGACUACAGCAUUAUAAUAACUGGUUCUCAAGAUCUCUUUUAUACGUUGCUAGUUACCAUUAUUUAAUUUCCUUUAUGCUAACGAUGGCUGGAAUGAUAAAGUUUGUGAUUUCUAUGGAAAGAGGAAGAUAUAAGCAGCACUUUCUAAAGCUCGCAAUGAUUGUUGUUUCCGUCCUCUACGUCGUUUGUGAAGGUUUAAUGGUUAUUACUAACAUUUAUUACGGUAUGGUGUGGUUCUUAUGCCCUCAUGUUAUGGUUGCCGUGAACGACGUUUUGGCAUAUCUGUUUGGAAGGUUCGUUGGAAAACGCCCUUUGAUUGUAAUUUCACCAAAGAAAACAGUUGAAGGAUUCCUUUAUUCUGCACUUGCAACCACCUUUUUAACCGUUUUAAUCACACCCUUUCUGCUCAAUUACAAGCCCCUACUCUGUCCUACUAACCACUUCAAUUUGAGACCUUUUGUUUGGCUUCAUAGUACAAACUGUAAAUUACCAGGUGUAUACCAGAUUAAGAAGUGGGAACUACCUGAGUUGGCUGCGAAGUUACUCAAGAGGACUCAUCUCCCAUACAGUGAGUUUGUGCUUCAUAUGCUUGUUUUGAGCCUUUUUGCAAGUCUUUUUGCUCCCUUCGGUGGAUUUCUGGCCAGUGGUUUUAAGCGCGCGCUCAAGGUUAAGGACUUCAGUAACGUUAUACCUGGUCAUGGCGGUAUCACUGACAGGUUCGACUGUCAUAUUUUAAUGGGAGGGUUCACUUACUUUUACCUUAAAACAUUUGUAAGAAAACAACAACUGGUUGAGGUCGUAUAUAAAAUGUUUUUAAAACUACCCAAAAACGAACAACUCGAACUUUUAUCCAAAUUUAGACAAAUACCUUGAAUUUUUUGCUAAACUCUCCUAUAUACUAUAUAAUGCAGUAAUAUAUAGUAGGUGUUGUGCGUUUUAUAUGUUGUAAAGAAGGAAGAGUGAAGUAUGAAAUUACACAUUUCAGACCCAACACCUAUAGAAUCUUAACUUUUGAU